AAUCUAAACAUGAUUGAAUUGUGUGUGUAUUUGGCUUUUUAGCCACUGGUGCUUAUGAUUGUGAUAAUGGAAGCUUUUUUAUAAUUCUCAUAAUUUUUCAAGAUUCAAAGCAUACCCUCUCCCUCUCUCUCUCUUUUCUCUUUUUUUCUACAUACCCACUUCUCUAAAUUCUAAAACACCAAAACCCCACUUUCAAAAACCAUGAAACUCUCCCAAUCCCAUAGUAGAAAAGCUCAAAAGCCAGAACUUUUGCCCAUCAAAACAGAUUAGUCCAAAAACCCAGUACUCAAAAACUUCAAAACUUUCAUUCCAUAUAGCUGAAUGGUUUGGUUUGAUUGAGUUUGAGCCACCAUUAACAAUGUUGGACACCAUGAUCCCAUCGUGUUUUAGCCAGCCAAACACGCCCUCAACCACUUCUCAAGUGCCUAACCAGAACCUCAUAACCUGCAUAUACCAAACUCAGCUAUGUAACUCUCCAACUUACUUGACUCUUACAUGGUCAAAGUCUAUGUUUACUCACUCUCUCACCAUCUACGCCCCUGACUUAUUCUCCAUCACCAUACCUCUUCAACCGUCGACCUUCUCGUUAUUCGGAGCCCGACCCGGAUCCAAAUCCAUAUACUUGACCCACCACCAUUACCAAAAGAUCAAGCUUUACUGGGACUUCACUAGAGCUGAGUUCGCCACCAACUCGGCCGAGCCUGACUCUUGCUUCUACGUCGCUAUUACCUGCAAUGCCAAGUUGGAAUUCUUCCUUGGUGAUCUCCUCGACGAGUUGACUCAGCGCACGGGGCUGGUAACUCGGCAGGUACUGCCCAUCGUACCAGCUUUGCUUUCGAGACGAGAGCACGUGUUUGGACGCAGGAACUACGCGUCCCGAGCUAUGUUUUUGGGGUCCAAACACGAGAUUGGGAUAGAGUGCGGCGGCGGUACGCUGAAAGUCAAAGUCGACGGUGAAACCUGCCUCGUCGUUAAAAGACUCGCCUGGAAAUUCAGAGGGAACGAGAAAAUCUACGUGAGUGGAAUCGAAGUCGAGUUCUUCUGGGAUGUUUUCAACUGGGUAAGUAACGGUAAUAACGGUAAUGGACAUGGGGUGUUUGUCUUCCAAGUUGGUGAUGGCGGGGUUUGGCCGGAGAUGGUUGGCCCAGAAAAGAGGCUGUUGAGGAAGAGCUUGUCGUCGGCGACGGCUCCGGCGGGUAGCUCUGCGUCAAUGGCGGCUUCGUCGUCGAAUUCGCCGUCGUGUUCGAGUGUGCUGCAAUGGGCGGAGGAGAGUAGCGAUGGAGGAAGGAGUUCGUGUUCUUCAUCUACUAGAUCAUGUAGUACUGGUAGUAAUGGCGGUUUUUCUCUGUUGCUUUACGCUUGGAGAAAAGAUUGAAAAAAAAAACUUUCUCAUUUGUGAAAAUAUAUGGUAAUUAAGUUAUUAAUUGUUUAUUCUUAUAAUAUGAUAAAAUGAUAUGAAUUUGGAAACGAUUCUUUGUUUUGUUAAUUACUGCUCGUUUUGUAAAAUAUAUAUUCCAGUAUUUUUGGAAAAACAUUCAUCAUAACAAUUUUGUUCCCAAGAACAUACCAUUUUUUGUUUUGAUUAUGUGCUAAUAAUAAUGGCUUUGAUGGUUUUUCCAGCUUUAGUUUAA